AUGUCGCAGCCAUCAGCAAAUCGAAUUAUAAAGCGAGUAUCCGAGGCAAUCGCACCGCGCUUAAGGAACAAUUACAUAACAUUUCCUGAGGGCGAUAUUUUGGAUCAACUCAAACUUGAUUUCUGGCGAAUUCAAGCUGUUUGCGGGCCAAAUUUAGAUAUUUUAAACAUUGUUGCACGUUGGCCAG